AAGUUCCCCAUACUCCGGUACGUGCGCGCGGUGUCCUUUCGGGACCUGGAGCUUUUUUUUAUUUCCACAUCAUCUACCCGGUGGGACCGGGAGUGGCACGUUCGGGAUCGUGGGUGAGGACGGGCAGCGACGGUCGGUUGAAGGGCGAUUUUUCUAUCGUUUCCACAGUUUUCCACCCAUUUGAAUCCCGGAAGGGAAACGGAAGUGUCAAGUGAUUACGGCAGUGCAUGGAAAUUGAUAUUGCUGCAGCAGCCAACACGACACGAGUUCAGUGCCGCGAGAGGUUAUCAGCUGCUGUGGCGAUUGUUGCAGCAAGCUCCGGAAAGUGGUACAUAAAAGGUUUCGCACCACCGACCGUUCGUUGGGUGGGAUGGUAGUCGAUUCGAUAAUCAUAUGCAGAUUGAAUGCGGCAUGCUAGCCCAGAGGAUUUAGGCAGCAAUUUUCUCGCGUCAUUACUUUCCGAAUUUAAUCGACAACAGAUCUGUUUUAACGUGAAAGCUGUGUCAAUCAGUGAACCAAUUGUUCGGUAGCCGACUGGCAGUUUGAAACUCUGAGUCCCAAGUGAAUGUAAGGGAGUGUUUGAAGAAGGACGACGUAUCGGAAGGAAUAGAAAAGAAAAGCCAUACUCCCCCGCUGGGAUACGAAUUGAUCAAUUCGUCCGUGCAAAAGUUGCUGAAUCCGUUUGCGGUGUAUUCUUCCAUUCGUUUGUUGGGUUCGGCUCCCCCAGGAGCAAGUGAAAAGUGAUUCAAGCUGUGAAAGUGGGAUUGAAUUCCGGAUUUAGAUAUUGACAUAUCAGAGCAUAUCAGCGUAGCAGCGGCAAGAUGUUUUGGAUUCUACGGCGGACCGGAGCGGUCAAUUUCUUCAACUCAAUCAAUAACAACUAUGCGGUCAAGGGAGGGUCUGGAUCCGGCAGCAAUUCAGAUAAAAACGGCUCACGGCCACCCCGGAGGGCUUACGGCCGGCUCAGCGUGGAAUCCGACGAUGCUCAAUCGCUUCGACGUGAGACCGAGCUUAACGACAAUCUGAUUGAUGUGGAUGAGGAAUUAAACGAGAGCAACUACAACAGCCAUCACCACAACAGCAACAUGAACAACAAUAACAACAACAACAAUGUCCUGGUGAAAAAUCAGAACAAAGCAGUUGUUGGCAGCACAGCCACGACAACGACGACCACGAUGAUGAUAAAUGGCUGCCCUUCGCAUCUGUUCUCGCACGAUAGCUACGACGACUACGGCAAUGGUAACGGGUGCGCGGGUGGAGGUGCUGGUGCUGGUGGCUGCGGCGACGAUGUGAACCGGAAUCAGUCCAACUGCACUGAAACCGACUCGGACCAGGAACUGGACGCCACCAUCAAGGAGCAACGGCUCGAGGAGCAAGCCAUUUCGCGACUGCAAGCGAUGGCCCUGUCCGAUGACGACGAGUACGAUGAAUCGCUGACCUGCAAUGUAUGUGACCGGGCAUUUCACUGUCACCGACAGUUGGCAUCCCACCAGCAGAAGAAACGACAUUUUGGCUGCAGCGGUUGCGACAGUCUGUUCCCAUCGCUGAUGCUGCUCGAGCACCACAAGGAGGAGUUCGAACACUGGAGCGACUUCGAGGACGACGGACGGCUGCCGUGCUGCCGGCGAAACCGGCGGGACGAUGACUACACCGACACGGACACGGGCACCAGCGACGCCGAAAGCGAGGACCUGGAGCGGUUGCUGUAAGGCGCGGGAGGGGAGGGCUUCGGCAUCGAUGGCGCGGAACGGAAAGAUGACAGAUGGUGUUUUCCGUCACAGAGGGAAUUGAUUAAAUGGAUGGACGGAUAGCACCAGUCGAUAAUCGCCUGGGGCUGAAAAUAACUCCGUUGGCGAUUGAGGAUGAGUGAGAAGUGGGAAGGAUACCAUUAAAUCGUUUUGAAAAUGAGAAUUGCGGCAGAUGCGAUUAAAUUGGCUUGAAAGACUUGAUAAACAACUUAAUUGAUUAAGUGAAUCAAAACUGAUUUAGUAAUAAGUCAUGUGAACCGAAACUUGACAAUUUAGUAGCCAUCAUGAGCUCGUGAUCCAUUAAAUGUAAAGUGUAAAGCAUCGAAAGAA